GGUUGGUGUCGCUGUGUCAGAAACUGCGAUCCUGGAUCCUCAGAAGAAGAAGAAAACCUUCAGGAAACUCCAUCCCAUCGUUUGUUUUUCAGCUAGAAUUACGUGUUAACCCAUAAUAUAUGAAGUACCAGUCUUUAUAGUUGUAUGACAAUCCGCUCAUAUUAAAGUGGACCGUACGAAAAUGCCGUUGUUAAUUCAAAAUAGAGGACUCGACUGCAUAACCUCGACGGCGGAACUGUUCGACAAAUAUCCACAUUUACAGGAAAAUGCAAGGAAAUUUAGCUCCAUGCCGCUUGUGGACGUCGACCCAAAAGGCCUCUUGUACGUCCAGCAAAGAGAGUUUGCCGCAACAACACCAGCAGAUAACUGCGUUUCAGUGAUUGGAUCCGGUGAUGCCACCACCUGCCAUCUGGUUGUGCUGCGACACACCGGAAGUGGAGCAGUUUGCCUCGCUCAUUGCGAUGGUUCCAGCACCUGGACUGAAGUCCCGCUCCUCGUGAAAGCAGUGACGUCACUGAGUGACAUCAGUAAGGAGGGCAGGCUUGAGCUCCAUCUUGCGGGUGGAUUUAACGAUGAGUCAAAAACAUCCCUUAAACUCAGCCUUAACAUACUGGCAGCUUUCCAGAAAAUUAAAGAGGAUAUUUAUCUGGAAACAUGUUGCAUCACAGAAAUGAAUGACAUUGUUGUUGAUGGAACUCAUCGGCCUAUAGUAUACGGAAUAGGUGUAGAUGUUAAAACAGGCGAAGUUUUCCCUUCGUCGUUCACUUAUAAAGGACCUGCAGAGGAGCUGCGUUCGGCAAGGACGUUCACUGGGGGCCAGAUGGCCGACACAUAUGAUUCAAGUCGAGGGCUCGUUCAAAUCGGGCCUUGCAAGUGGUCUCCAAAUCUGGAUAUCGCCUUCUGGUUGUCACAAGAUGAUGACACAAUUCUAAAGUACCUGUCCACCUCGCCGAUGGCCGAGCCGCCACACUUCGUUCAGCACAUGAAGACCACCAUCCGGUUCCUCUUAGAACACCCCAACUCUGACAGCCUGUUCCCCGGGGGUCAGCCACAGUUCUACCACAGGACUGCGAGUGGGGACUGGGAGAGGGCUGUCUAGUCAUCGAGCUCACUGGACCUCACCAUGGAAGCGGGGGGGGUGGGGGUUGCCUCUCCGCUCAGUGGAUACACUGUGACUCAUCUACGGCAUUGCUUUGUUCGUUUUGUCUUAACAUGGAGUCGGCGCCUGGCUGCAGUGUUCUCUGGUGAGUGGCUCUCCUGACUCCUGACUGGGACAAAAUAUCUGAAUCUGCCAUUCGAGUAGUAAAGAGUAUAGAGAAGGAACAACAUGCCUCUUAACAAUUCAUCUUUACAACUUCGGGAGAUAGUGUCAAGUCAGCAACUUAUGCCCUCUGCAGUGAAUGAAAGUGAAAUUCACCAUAUGGCUGUUUUAAAUUGUAAAUGUACUUAUUCACAUUUUUGUUUAAUUUCCAGCACAAUUCUGAACCUUUUUAUGUAUUUAUUUUUGGUUCAAAAACUGUAUUUUACAAAGCAUUUUUUACCUCCUUACUUGGAUGCAUCGAUUGUUCAGCUUACAACAGUACAGUCAAGCAACUCGUACAAUUAAAACUUAACUUGUUUGAUAUUCUUUUGUCGGUUAAUGUUGUCAAAUACUGUGUUCCCAGGAAAUCCAACCGGGCCAACCCAAACGUGUUUUAAAUCGUUUUUUUUUUCUGGAAGAUAUUACAAUGUAAAACUAAACUUAGAGGAAUGGAACUGUAUGCACAAUAUGUAUUUACAGGGUGAAACAUGUGAAACCAUAUGAAUGACCGAAAGCCUGACCUACUAUUGACGAGUCAUUUGAGGUGGAGAACUUAAAUAACAAAUGUCUAUUGUUAAUUGGUUUAAAUCAGUGAAGAUAAUACUAAUUGCCAAGUUCUGCACUGUUUUUGAGUUGAGCAAACUUUAUUUUUUCUCCACAAACGCACCUUCCAGAUGAGAGCGGAAUAUGAUAUUCUACUUCAUACCGCUGUAUACUUGCCAUGACUGUGUAUGUUUUAGGAAACCGCAUGUGUAAAUGUGUCUAGCAGUCUGUAGGGGAAGAUGUGGAUUCUUAUCAAACACAACUAAAUAUGAUUUUGAUUUCCAAUUUCUUUAUGAAAACAUAUAUACUGUCUGAGGCCUUUUCAUCAGUUGUGUUGUUCAGAAAAUGACACGGUGCUUAAAGCAUUCAGUGAAACUUUCAAACCUACCAUACCUGUUGCUAAAUAAAUAUGAAUGGUCAUAUCUAGUAUAACAUGUUUAUACUCAGAGUGAAUGAAGUUGAAUGGGGUGAAAAAUGUUUUUAUUUUUGUUUUUUUAUUUCAGCACUUCAAUAGAAUAAAUGUUUUGCUAAAUGCAAUGUCACACUGCCCAUUAACAGCAAUAUGCAAUUAAAACGUAUCUAAUCUAAAAAAAGGCUAAA